GCCCCACCCCCCAUGGAGCUCCUCCCAGCGGCAGCCGAACCCAAGACACCUCUAGCUUGCCGAGGCACGCUCUCCCGAUGGCCCGCUACGAAGAGGUGAGCGUGUACGGCUACGUGGAGUUCAUGCAGGCGGUGGAGCAGCACAGUGGCAAGACCAUUUUCGCCUAUUUUUCUGGUUCUAAGGACGCCGAAGGCAAAAGCUGGUGCCCCGACUGCGUGCAGGCUGAACCGGUCGUACGAGAGGGGCUGAAGCAUGUUGGUGAAGGAUGUGUGUUCAUCUACUGCCAAGUAGGAGAAAAACCUUAUUGGAAAGAUCCAAAUAAUGACUUCAGGAAAAAGUUGAAAUUAACUGCAGUGCCUACACUACUUAAAUAUGGAACACCUCAAAAACUGGUAGAAUCUGAGUGUCUUCAGGCCAAGCUCGUGGAGAUGUUGUUCUCCGAAGAUUAAGAUUUGAUGAUGGCAAUUGUGUCUUUAUUUCCUGAUUUGCUCUAGUAUAAAAGAAUCUACAUACUUGCUUUGAAUUCAUGUUAGCAAUAAGUAAAUAAAUGAUGUAAAAAAUUGGUACAUGUCUAAACAAUAGAGAAUGCUAUUAAAAUGCUCAUGAACCCUCAGUUUGCUUUAAUAGAUGGGUAUUUUUAAGCUACCAUAGGUAAAAUAACUCUUCAGGAGUGGCAGUAAUAGCACAAAGGAAGCUAUUAUUGGAGACGACCGAAAUACCUCAAAGCCCCUAAUAGUGCACUAGACAGCUUCCAAAUCUCUAAAGGAGUUAGGAUCUUUUACCUUAAAUUCCACGAAUUUACAAAGAACUGUUAUUCCAAAAACUCCUUCUUUCCCUUUAGAAUGUAGAACUUAACCUAACCACUGAAGGGAAGCACAGCACAUCUAAUCCAGCCUCUGCUUAAUGCUGGCAGUUUUGUUACAGCUGUCUGAGUAUGCUUCACUACUUGGGAUGAGGCGGGUGGCAGAGAGGUCAGAGACCGUAUAACCUAGUGAUGGGAAGGACUCCAGCCUGUGAGUCAGUCUCAUUGAUUAUCACUUACUAGCUGU